AGACUAACCCGUCUUUACUUUAGGCUCUCAAGCCCUCCAAAAUUUCAUUUUUCCCCUUCAAAUUCAGUUCGAAUUCGAAAUCUAUUUACAUUGGCAAAAAUCAAAUCUUAUCCCCAAAAUCUUUAUCUCAACCCCUUUCUGGGUCAAGUAGUAGCGUUCCAAUUCCGAUUCCAAUUUCAAACUCAUACAUGUAAGGAUGUGGAAUUUUUGAAGGAAUAACAACCGAAUCAAAAUCACCAUUGUUAUUGUUCUUCCCAAUUUCCACAUCGUUUCAUUCAUGGCAUUGGCAGCAGACAAAAUUAACAACACAAACCAAAUUACUGACACCAACCAUCGACAACAUCAGCGGCAAAUUACUGAAAGCAAUCAUCUUUUUGGUUUGAUUUCUGUUUUGCUGUAUGUUUUUUGAGUUGGAGUUUUUGUAGCCUUUUUUAUUGUUGCUAUGGUGUAGGAGAUGUUCACUGUGGUGUCUUUCUUUCGGAAUACAAAAUCAGAAUGUUUCUAAAGCAAAAUUGGUUCAGAAUCUACAUUCCGAAUCAAAACUAAGUUCGAAAUGUAAAUUCUGAACUGAGUUUUUUUUUUUUUUUUUUGGUGCCUCUGAACUGAGUUUUUAAUUGUAAAAAUGGAAUUUUUAGGGGCUGUAAGCAACCUGGGUACCUAAAGAGUAAUUUUCAUAAACAGGUUUUUUCGAGCCGAGCUAAAAAGUCCUAAAAAAUUUGGGCUAAAAUUUUAAAGCCCAAAAUCUAUAUUUAUUCGAGUUUAGCUGAUUAACCCAUAUGGACUAGGCCAACAUUUAUUCUAGUUUAGCGGAUUAACCCAUACGGACUAGACCAUUUGGACUAGGCCAACAUUUAUUCUAGUUUAGCGGAUAAACCCAUACAGACUAGACCAUUUUGACAGCUCCGAGUCCAUUUCCUUGACACAAUUUACCCUAAAAUCUCUCAUUUAUAAACCAUUUGUUUCUCAGUCUCUAUUGUUGACUGACAAUUGAGGUUAAGCUGCUGGAGAACUCUAUCAAUGGAUGCUCCAACAACAAAUAAGAAGAAGAAGAAAGUCAGUAGUAAUAGUAUCCAUAUACCUGAUGACAUUUCCUUCAUGAUUCUCUAUAAACUACCUGUUAAAUCUCUUAAGCGUUUUUCUUGCGUUCGCAAAUCAUGGUCUCUAUUAUUUGAAAACCAUGAUUUCUUCAAAAUGUUCUGCAACAAUGUCAUAUCCAAAUCUCAUCCACACUAUGACGAUGCCUGUCAAAUGCUAACCCAGAAUGAGGAACAUAAAUGGAACAUUUAUUUGCUUUCUGGCGACAAAUUUGAGAAUAAAGUGAAAUUGGAUUUUCCAACUUCUUCAUUUCCCAGACCCACUCCAGAGUAUAGUUUUAGACCUUUUAGUGUUUUGGGUUCUGCUAUUAAUGGGAUUCUUUGCAUAUUCCAUAAAAAUGACACCUUAUUAUGGAACCCUGCCACCGAGGAAAUUAAGGUCAUUCCUCCUGGUUUUGCUGAGUUUAAACAUGAUGUUUACACUUUUAUUAAUCGUUGUGGAUUUGGCUAUGAUCAUGUUACACAUGACUAUAAAAUCAUUCAACAUGUGGGUUAUAUUGGUAUUAAAACUAAGUUGAACUCCUUCUGGGAGAUAUAUAGUCUAAAGAGUAAUUCGUGGAGAAAAAUUGAUUUUGAAAUGCCAACUAUGUCCUGGUUAUCUAACAAUGUUGUGUACUUCGAUGGGGUGUGUCAUUGGUGGGGGCUAAGCAAUAAGUUGAUGUCAUUUAACUUGUGCAAUGAGAUGUGCUUUAUUACACCUUUAUUCUUAGAAGAUUUACCUAAUGAUUUUGAUGUUGUUAAUCUCAAUGUGUUAAAUGGGUGUGUUGCUAUUAUAACGAGUCGUAUGGAUUCUACAUCUUUUCAAAUAUCAAUUUUAGGUGAAUUUGGUGUCAAGGAAUCAUGGAUUAAACUCUUCGAUGUUGAGCGAAUGUCUUGCAAUAUAUAUCCUAUCGGAAUAGGGAAGAAGGGCAAUAUAUUCUUCCAAUCCAAAGAUGAUGAACUAACUUGUUUAGAUUUAACUACUGGGUUGGUCAAGGACACUGGUCUUAAAGGAAACAAGUUUACCUGUCAGGUGGUAAUUUACAACAGAAAUCUUCGUCCGAUUGGAGAAAUAAACAACUGAUUUCUAUUGCACCUAUGUGUGAAUUUUUCACACUUGAGGAAUAUCUUGAAGCGGCAAGGUGAAGAGGCACCAAGUUCUUCUAUUCAAAGGCCAAAAUGGAAAAGGUGCGAAAACGAUAACAGGUGUUUGUUCUUGAUUGUGUGAACAAUUAGAUCAUAUACUUGAGAGUUUGAACAAUCAAAAACUGUUAAUGUGUGACAAAUGUCACCAUGGUUGGUUUGUUCCGGUGCAAAUUCUAUGCUUAAAACAUUAUGUAAAAGGUUCAAAGUUACAUAUAGCUAGAAAAGUGGAAACAAUGUUUCUAUUUGUAUUGUUUUGGUUUCAUUAUGUGAUGUUAAGUGAAUCUUUGACUUGUUGAUACA